GCUUCCGGGAACCCCGCCCCGCCGCGCGCCGCGGCUCUGGCCGCGCCCCCUGGCCCACCGCCGGCCAAUCGCAGGCCGGGACGGCGGCUCCGGGAUCAAUGAGGGGGCGUGGCCACCACGCUGGCUCUGAGUCGAUUCAAACUGAGAGAGGCGGGGAUUAGCCGAAGCGGGGUGAUACGCAAGCAGAAGGUCCCGUGCCCAGUUCCCAUUCAGAAGCCCUGUCUAGACUGCGGGAUGAUGAGGCUGGGGGGAGCGGUCGUGUAUGGAGAGAGAUCGUACCUAUCCGUGGAAAUGAGAUUUGUAUGAGAGCAACUGUGGACUGAAGGUAGAAGACACUUAGCACCACUGAAUAAAAUAAAAAGUUAAUGGGUGGACGACUCAAGACCGAAAACAUGAAUCAAAAUCAGGAGGCUGGUUUCUAGUAGUCUCCUAAACUGCCAAUAAAAUAGCUGAAUUUAACAACGUAAUAGUCGCAAUACAAACAAUUGAACGACAGACUGACUUCCCAAUGGAAGUGAAUAAAGGCCAUGUGGGCGGACGCCCUGAAGCGACAGACAUGCCUUUAGACCAAUGACCAAGCCAGUUCUAGCAAAUAGGUGUGUCCUUGGGAGAAAUGGCAGGCCUGGAGAGCCAGUGAUCGGCGAGGCAUUUGAGCCACGCCGACCUGGAGGGCGGGGCUUCCCAGGCAUGGUCGCGGGGCGGGAAGAAGGGAAGUGGGCGGACCUCCGCACACCCCAGCGGAAGAGGCAGAUUCAGGAAGCCAUUACGCAGCUGGCUGGCGGCGGUCGGGCCGGUCAGGGCUGGGCCCUACGCACUUUGCGUAGCGAGGGGGAUUACUUAAGGCCUGGUGCUUGGCCUAGAGCAAGCCUUGCCUGUCCCCCUUUUUUUGGGGGGGCGGGGAGAGGCGAGGCUGAAAAAGAAGAGAAGGGUAAUUGGGGUUGUUAAGGACAUUAUAAUUUCUUUAAAAAGAGAAAAGGGGAGGCCAUGGCUGUCCCAGCCAAGAAGAGGAAGAUGAACUUUUCAGAGCGGGAGGUGGAGAUCAUCGUGGAAGAGCUAGAGCUGAAGAAGCACCUGCUGGUGAACCACUUCAAUGCUGGGGUCCCUCUGGCUGCCAAGAGUGCAGCCUGGCAUGGCAUCCUGAGAAGAGUCAACGCUGUGGCCACCUGCCGAAGGGAGCUGCCCGAAGUCAAGAAGAAGUGGUCUGACCUCAAGACCGAGGUCCGUCGCAAGGUUGCCCAAGUCCGAGCUGCUGUCGAAGGUGGCGAGGCCCCAGGGCCCAAGGAAGAGGAUGGGGCUGGUGGACCUGGGCCAGGCGGUGGCAGUGCCACGGCCAUAGCUCCUGUACUGCUGACCCCUAUGCAACAGCGCAUCUGUAACUUGCUGGGUGAGGCCACCAUCAUCAGCCUGCCCAGUACCACUGAGAUCCAUCCCGUGGCCCUCGGACCCACAGCCACGGCAGCUGCAGCCACGGUCACCCUGACACAGAUCCCCACCGAGACCACCUAUCACACACUGGAGGAGGGCGUGGUGGAGUACUGCACAGCCGAGGCUCCUCAGGAGGAGCCCCUGCCCACCGAGGCGCCUGUGGAGAUGCUGGCCCAGCACACAGACACGUCCGUCAAACCGCAGGCACUUAAGAGCCGCAUUGCCCUCAAUUCGGCCAAGCUGAUCCAGGAGCAGCGGGUCACCAACCUCCACAUAAAGGAAAUCGCCCAGCACCUGGAGCAGCAGAAUGACCUGCUACAGAUGAUCCGGCGUUCCCAGGAGGUGCAGGCCUGUGCCCAGGAGCGGCAGGCCCAGGCCAUGGAGGGCACCCAGGCAGCCCUGAGUGUCCUCAUCCAGGUCCUCCGGCCCAUGAUUAAAGAUUUCCGACGCUACCUGCAGAGUAACACACCCACCCCAGCCCCGGCCCCUGACCCUGGACAGGUGGCCCAGAAUGGGCAGCCGGACAGCAUCAUCCAGUGAGGUCAGGGGUCAAACCAGUGCUCUGCGGUGAUUGAGGGAAACUUCUGUGGAAUUGUAAGUGGUUUCUGUGAGUGGCUUUGAGGGGGCCAUGUGGAUAGCUCCCUCUCGGACAGAUAUUUGGGGCUUAUUAGUCUGAGAGUAAUGAAGGAGACUGACUGGGAAAAGGAAAUCACUGGGCUCCUGGGGCCCAGUCUCUUUAGUUCAACCUCCGGAACUGCCUUGUUGAAAUCUGGAAGAUCUAGCUGGGAGUGUGUCUGGUGAUGGGACAAAUGUUGUCGUGAUCUAAGGCUUGAGACAUCCCCCGACUCAGUCUAGGACAACUGUAAAGACAGACUGGUUCUCACUGGAUCUUCCAUGGGCUGCCCCACCUCAGGUGUGCCACCUUUGUUAGUGCCAUCCUGCCAGUGGUGCUGUCCAGAAAUGCAAUAACACCCACGUGAGAAUGUCUCCCGGCGCCACUGGGAGGGCCUAGCCCUUUCAUCCUCCUCGCACUGUGCCUCCGUUCUCAGGGGACUCGCCUUCCUGCUGUGUGCCACACCCAUCCAGGCACAGCCCAGCUCUUGGAAAUGCCCUGAGAUGCAUGCAGCCAGCUUGGCUCAGGAGUGCUGUGUGGUGGGACUGGGUUGGCCAUCUCUAGUCUUCCAUGACCCCCCGGGCGGCUGUUCCGUAGCUUGCCCCACCCCCGACUGUGACACAGUGGGCUUCAGGUGCUGUCAGGGUUAGGAGGUAAACACUGUGGAGUCCUGUUUCCUGCUGCAGUGCACUCGAGGUCAACCUCUAACUUUUACUCUGUUUUCUAGCCAGUCAUAUUUAUUCUACAGCUGAACCCUUUCUGGGAGGGCUGCAGGCUCUGCGGCCCCCCUUCUUUCCUCUCUGCUGGACCACACAUCUGAAACACAGGGCACAUUAGAGCCCUGCUCAGCGUCCCACCUAGUCCUCCCUCUCGUGCUCCUUACUCAGUGCCUGGUGUGCUGCAGAUGCCCCACCCCCACCGGCUAAGUGAAUCCAAAGCAAGGACUGUCCUUGAAUGUAAGAGGCGGGACGAGUGAAGCAAAGUGUGCCCUUCUGUGCUCCAAUGGGGCACAGCCUCAGAAGGCUGAAGGACGUGUCUGAUUUCCACCUUCUCUGAGGCACUUACAAAAGCCUCGGCCAGGCGGGGUUUGUGGGUACCACUCUCAGUCUCCUCACAUCACCAUCGCGUUUGCCAUUUUGCACCAUAACUGGGCCUCUCGUGACCAGUGGCUACAGCAAAGUUCCAGAUCUUAGCCAAGCUGCCCUUCCAGGCAUAUGCGUACACAGAUGCUUAGCGCCAUUCUGUGGUCCAAGGGAGGCCCCCUGGAGACAGGAGGUGGCUACCGGCUGUCCCGUUCUCCAAGGAGGCAUGUGUAGUGCCAGCUAGGGAGAGGGGAGUGAGGUGGGGCCCCUUCCCCCAAGUGGAGCCUCUUGGCUCCAGCAGGGUUCCUGCGGGAGCUUCCAAAAGAUGUGUGACCCAGUUUGGUUCUACUCUGGGGUUGGAAAUCUGAGCCAAUGUUGUAUCUGUUCCGUUUGUGUAUAAAAAGGAAGCCUAGGUUACUGAAGCUAACUUGUUCUUUCCGGGUCACAACUUUAAAUUAAAGAAAUAUCACUUUUUUAUACACACUUCUCUGUGUCUUUAUUGAUCACACACAGAAAUAAACUAUGGCCUCCAGGCUAAAUCUGGUCCACCACCUA